UAGAUAUAUGCAUCAGAAAAAAAACACAUUCAAAAGAUUCACGUGAAAAGCGAUUGUCAUUUUUUUUACGAUGUCAAAUAACCGACAUUGAAUCAUGCAGUGGCUCAGAAGAACGUCAACUUUAUUAAGAGGAUUAUUAAAACCCAAAAAACUUCAGGCGAGCAGUUUCAAAGUAUCAUGGCGAAAUGGACAUUCUGAAUCGAGUCUCAAAGGACACUUGGACGUUCCGGAAAGUCCGUUGGAAUUUGUCGACCUGAAAAAUGGGAUGAGAUUAAUUUGCGAGUGCAAGGAUUCUUGCGUAACUACCGUAGGGUUCCUCGUUCCAGCCGGAUCGAUGCACGAACGACCGGAUGAACGCGGUGCUUCGUUGUUCAUGGAACAUUUGUUAUUUAGACGAACUCGAUGCCGAACUCGAGAAGAAAUUGCGGAGAUUCUCGAUCGAACUGGAGCUAAAUUGAGUGCAUUAGCAAUGCGCGAUAUGUUUCUUUUUUAUGGAACGAUACCUUCGCACGAUGUCGCGGUAAUUGUAGAAUUAAUGGUCGACGUAAUCCUCAACGGAAUUACGUGUGACGAAGACGUUGUUGCCGAACGAUGUAUUUUAUUGCGAGAACUUUGCGAAAUGGAAACAGAUUAUGAGAGGGUUGUCAUGGAUUAUCUUCCGACGUUGGCGUAUCAGGGCACUGAGCUUGGGAAAAGUGUUUAUCCUGAAACUUGUGUGAUUGAGAACAUGACGGUAGAUACGAUUGAGAGUUUUCGGACGCGUCUCUUCCAGCCAAGUUUAAUGACAAUGAUUUCGACGGGUGGAACGUCUUUUACGGACAUUCAGAAUUUAGCCAGUGAAUAUUUCGUGGGCACGAGUCAAGAUAACUGUCCGAUCGAAGGUCAAUGCACUCCAAAGGAUUAUCUAUGUUCACCCUGUUUCCGGUACACCGGUAGCGAUCUCCGAUUCCGUGACGAUGAUGUAUCUCUUGGUCAUGUGGCAGUUGCGGUUGAAGGACCAGGACACUUGGAUUGUGAGGAUCAUUGUACGCUUACGGUUGCUAAAGAAAUCGUCGGAUUCUGGGACUUGACAUUUGGAGGCGGUAAAAAUAAUUCGCCGCGUCUUGCGGAAUGCGCUUUCGGAACUGACAUGUGUCACAUGUAUAAAUCUUUCAACAUUGGAUGGGCGAAUACUGGACUCUGGGGCUGCUUUUUCUCCUGUGGAAAAAUGCAAUUAGAAGACAUGAUGUGGAUGGUGCAGAACGAGUGGAUGCGGCUGUGUAUGGAAAUAACGAGUCGCGAAGUCGCUCGUGCAGUGAAUCAGUGCAGAAUGCGUGAACUUGUCAGAGUCAACGAUUCCGUCGAUCGUUUCUACGAUAUUGCAAUUUGUCUCUAUCGCCGUGGAUGUUACGAACCUUUCAAUCACAGAAUAGCGAGAUACGAGAGCGUAACUGCCGAUAAGUUACGAGAAGUUGCGAACAAAUACAUAUAUGAUCAAUGCCCGGUGGUCGUGGCGGUUGGUCCAGUGGAAAAUCUCUUGGAUUACAAUCAUAUUCGAUCGUCCAUGUAUCGGAUACGUUAUUGAAUUGUCGCCGCGCUUAUAACCAAAAUAAUUAUAACUAUAACCAGCGUUAUUAUUAAUUCAGUUUUAUUGAUAUUCAUUCGUCGAUAGUGAUAGAUGAUCGCGAUGCCAUUGAAUAAAUGAUCGAGAAUAAUA